AAGCAGUCUGCAGCAGUCGGCAAGAUGGCGGAACGGGGAAGGGAUCUGUCUGGCCUCGUCAGAAGAAUAACAUAAUUUAUAUUAGCUAGCAAAGAAAAUAAAAUGGAGUAAAUAAAAUAGGUGAGUGAUCAAAUGUGGUCAAUGUUUCUGUCGUUAGUAUUUUGUCUAGUCAUUUUGACACCUGAUUGUGUAGCUAAAUCGCUUAGCUUCAAGUUUUAGCUAAACUAGCCAGGUUGUUAAAGUUAACUAGCUAGGCUCGUGCGUAGAAGGACAAUACAAUUUGUCAUCUUUCCAUGUCGUUCAGUUUAGAAGUCGUCCCAUAUUGCUAACCAUUAGCUAAAGUUUCUGCAUUACUUGACAUUGCAGGGUGAAUCGAGUUUGCCAACUACCUUGCACAUGCAGCAAGCUAACGUUAGCGUUCUGCAAUCAAGCAAGGGUUGCAAAGACUCACACUCAUUUCUGUCUGUGUUAGUUAUCAAUCUUAAAAGUGAUUCAUAAUGUGCUUAGUUGCCACUCGGCUACAUUCUACAAGGCAUACAGUAACGUAUGUCAAAAUCAUUGCAUCUCAAUUUUGCUCUCUUGGUUUCAGUCAUUGACUGUUAUCUUGCUUUUUCUAGCUCUGACAGGAUUCGCCAGUGGAGGAUGAAUAGUGCCUAGAUCUGAGCAAUAUAAGCUGAAUGCAUUGUGAUUUCCAAUAAUUGAGACAGUGAUUCUAAAAAACUGUCUACAUUAAUGAAAAGAACGAUGUAGUCAUCCUAGCAUAUUCAACACUGGUACAUGGUCAAUACAGGGAUUUUUGUAUUCUUCUAAAUAUUGUGUGCAAUGUGCUUCUGCAUGCCUUUUUACCUGAAAGCUUAUGAGAAAUAGUUGCCAAAACAGUCAGGGUGACCCAUAGAGCAGUUGUAUUUAGUAAUUCAUAAAACACAGUCAACAUGGAGAUGGAUGACAUAUUACCCCCCUUACCGUUGGAGCCACCUGAUGAUUUGAACUCGGAAGGCCUUAAUGGUAAAGCGCAGCCUCCAACACCCCCCCUGCAAACGUCCAGUGACGCAGAGGAAAUGGACGUUAGCUCUGGUGGUGAUGGACACACACACACCACAGCAGGGGGCCAGGGCCUCCAAACCAAUGGCUCCAUAACCUUUAUUAAUAACCUGUCAGAUGAGGCCGAACCUAGCACCUCGUGCCCUAGAACAGCCCGCCACGCACCUCCUGUCACCAAGUUCCUGCCAGACCUCAAAUUACUCAGAGACAUUAAGAUCAGUGUCAGUGUCGUAGAUACCAGCAGGAGCAAAGAUAGGAAGGUGCUGUACACAGGGAUAGGUCAGCAGGGUGGUGGUGAAGGGGAGACCAGCUCAGAGGGCCUUAAUGGUGAGUUUUAUGAUGCUGAUACAGAGCCAGGGGCUGUGGAUUGUAGCUCAGGGCUUGGGGUGGUCGGUGUCAGUGCAGGGAGGAGAGGGGAGGAGGCAGAGGCAGACCUGGAGAACAAAGUGGAGUUUGCGGUCCUAGAUGAGCUGGAGGACUUCAGUCAGGACUUCCUGGACACGGAGGAUGUGCAGCAGGGGGGGUUCAGGUCAGAGGUCAUAGUUCAACAGGAUCAUGCUGACGAAGAGAACCUAAAUAUAUCCUAUGAGGAGGACUUUGACAAUGAUGUAGAUGCUCUGCUGGAGGAGGGGAUGCCCGUGCCCAAAAAGAUGCGCCUGGCAGAGGGGGCUGUUGAGUAUGCAGGAGACAGUGAUCACGCAUCCGACAGGGAUGUGGAGGGAGGUGUUCAGCCCAUGAUGACCAAAAUUAAGACAGUCCUGAAGAGUCGUGGGCGUCCACCCACUGAGCCACUACCUGACGGAUGGAUCAUGACAUUCCAUAACUCUGGCAUUCCAGUCUACCUGCACAGAGAGACCAGAGUGGUGACCUGGUCCAGACCUUACUUUCUGGGGUCCGGGAGCAUUAGGAAACACGACCCUCCCACCAGUAGCAUCCCCUGCCUGCACUAUAGGAAGAUGAAGGAUCACGAGGAGAGGGAACAGAACGGAGAGGUGACGCCCAACGCUGAAGUGUCUCCGGUGAAGCCUGGGGAGGAGGCAGACUCCGUGGAGAGACCAGACGAGCCUGACUCCACUGCCCAGGAGGACCCUACCACUGUGGGCCUGGGGGAAGGACAGGUGGAGGUGGAGAUAGAGACAGGCCUGGUUACAGAGGGGACCACAAAAGGGUGCCCUGUCCUGCAUGGCAAGAUGCCCCACUCCUGUGAGAUGGCCCAGGGGGCUCUGGGACAGGUUAGGGCCAAGGUGGAGGUGUGCAAAGAUGAAUCGAUAGAAAUUGAGGAGUUCCGCAGCUACCUGGAGAAGUGCUUUGACUUUGAACAAGUGACCGUGAAGAAGUUCCGUACCUGGGCAGAGCGCAGGCAGUUCAACAGGGACAUCAAGAGGAAACAGGCUGAGUCAGAAAGACCCAUUCUGCCUGCCAACCAGAAACUCAUCACUCUGUCUGUAUCAGAUACCCCCACCAAGAAAGAGUUUGUCAUUAACCCAAAUGGGAAAUCUGAAGUUUGCAUCCUACAUGAAUAUAUGCAACGUGUCUUAAAGGUCCGACCUGUUUACAACUUUUUUGAAUGUGAGAACCCAAGUGAACCCUUUGGAGCCUCCGUCAUAAUAGAGGGAGUGACAUAUGGCACAGGAACUGCAAGCAGUAAAAAACUUGCCAAGAAUAAAGCUGCUCGAGCCACACUGGAGAUUCUCAUCCCUGACUUUGUGAAGCAGACGUCUGAGGAGAAGCUUGUAGAAGGGGAUGAACUGGAGUAUUUUAAUCAUAUCAGUAUUGAAGAUUCAAGGGUGUACGAACUGACCAAUAAAGCAGGCUUACUCUCGCCAUAUCAGAUUCUACACGAGUGCCUUAAGAGAAACCAUGGAAUGGGUGACACCAGCAUCAAGUUUGAGGUGAUCCCAGGAAAGAACCAGAAGAGUGAAUAUGUGAUGACGUGUGGAAAGCAUACCGUGCGCGGAUGGUGCAAGAAUAAACGUGUGGGGAAGCAGCUGGCGUCUCAGAAGAUCCUACAGAUGCUGCACCCUCACGUGAAGAACUGGGGGUCACUGCUCCGCAUGUAUGGCAGAGAGAGCAAUAAGAUGGUAAAAAAGGAAAAUUCAGACAAGAGUGUGAUUGAACUUCAGCAGUAUGCCAAAAAGAACAGGCCAAAUCUUCACAUCCUGAACAAACUGCAAGAGGAGAUGAGGAAACUGGCUAAGGAGAGGGAGGAAACCAGGAAGAAGCCCAAGAUGACCAUAAUGGAGUCAGCCCAGCCUGGUAGUCAGCCCCUCUGCACUGUUGACGUCUAGGAACCAUCACUGCAACCAAUCUAACAUGGCACUGACCAAUGGUAGCCAUAGUCACUGUCCGAUUUUAAAAGCCACUCCACAAAUCUAUCAUCCAAUUAUGCAUCAUUGUAAAAUGGCAAUAGAACUGGACAUUUGUAGUAUAGCGGUGGUCAUCUUCUUAGCACUGUUUAUUAUUUUACUCCAAAGGUAUUUUUGAUUCAUUGUUAGUGGGUAGGAAUAGGACAAAUGCACUAACAGACAGUAGAGUUAACACCAUCUACCUCUAGAUGCAAUCUCUACACAGUGGCACUUCUAUAAAUUGAACCUUAGGGGUUGCAGACAGAUCGGUUGAGAUGACUUGACAUGUAUCUAUGAUCCACAAGAAAUUGUCAGCCUGUUUACUGUGCGUAGUAAUAACUGCUGACAACCACUAGACCCCUCACCCCUCCAUUUAUAUUGCAUUGAUUGAAUUUAUUAUAUUCUCCAAAUAUAUAUAUAUAACCUAAAGUACCUGAUACUUUACAGAGACUGAACAUUCCUAACAGGUUUCCUUGUAUACUUAAAGCAUUGCCUAUUCUCACAGAUUAGUUUGCUCUCUCUGCUUUUGCUAUACAGGUACGCCGUGGGAAAGUAAUUUAUAUGCUGUUGUCAUUGGACAUUAUUGAUAAUUGAUGUCAUAAUUUGGAUGGUGAUUGGGGUUUUUGAGUAUGCUUUGGCUAAAGAAAGGCCAACUUAUGUUUUCAUUUGCUUGUGAACCUUUUAAGAAAAAAGUUAUAUAUUCAAAUGCAUCGUUUGCUGUCCACUCAUAUACUUGGUUUUGGGGUUUAUUUAUUUUUUGUUAUUUUCUUACUUUUAACCUUUUUUCUCCCCAAUUCUGUGGUAUUCAAUUGGUAGUUAGUCUUGUCUCAUCACUGCAACUACCAUACGGACUCAGAGGCGAAGGUCGAGAGCCAUGCGUCCUCCGAAACAUGACCCAACCAAGCCGCACCAAUGUGUCGGAGGAAACACCGUGUAUGCGCCCGGCCCGCCACAGGAGUCGCUAGAGUGCGAUGGGACAAGGACAUCCUUGUCGGCCAAACGGUCGCGGCCGGCUGCGACAGAGCCUAGACUCAAACCAGGAUCUCUAGUGGCACAGCGCCUUAUACCACUGCACCACACGGGAGGCCCCAGUCAUAUACUUGUUACAUGCUCACGGUCUUUAGUACGAGAAAUGCAUUUUGAAUUGAUUAGGGAACGGACGUUUAUCUCGAGACCUAUUAAGCGGGACUAAUGAGUAUAAUUGCCUUUUUGUUUUGGAAGCACAGGAUGAAACAUAUCAAUGGACAGCUGAAAACAAGGCUGAUCUGUCUAGCUAAGAUCCUGUUGCCAUGUUAGCACUACAGACAGAACACAAGCACCAGGGCUUAGAGUACUGUAGUCAUUGAGAAGAUAUACAAGGUAGUUACAUAUUUAAGAAGACCGGGGGGGGGGGGAUCCUGUUUAUUUUUUUCCUGUGUUAGCCGCUUUAUUUUUUGACUAUUUAAAGCAAAUCAAUACAACACGCAGGCCAUCUUACUAUUUGGUACAGUUCAGCUGCUGUGAUAGACAUUUUGCAUCAUGAUAAUGUGGCCAGUGGCACUUUGCUUCUUGAAAGUCCAAUAUCUUAACUUGACUGCUAACCUGCAAAACAUUAAAGGACUUUAACAACAGUGGACAAAACAAAACGACUUUGGAUUUUCCCUUCAUAAACGGAUAGGAAAACAAUUGGCUACCUGCUGCCUUAGUUCACCCAUUUCAUGUAGGGCUCCCCAGAGCACAGGUCCCCCCUUAAAGGGAAAUGGAUAGACCAAGCCUCUUACUUGAUACAGCAUUUAUUGUUUAGCCUAUUAGUGUUUGUAAUAAUAUGACAAGACAGUAAUAUUCAUAUUUUGAAAGAAUUUCCUUUAGUAUAUAUGGAUUUUAAAUACGUUUGUUUGCAAUCAUUGUGACAACUGAUCAAUCACAUUUUCAAGCAUUGAUAUGUGGAACUGCAAUCCUCUCCUCAAAAGGUAAUCUACAGAAAUGAAGUUGGUACACUUUACCUCAACAAAAUACGAUCAUGUCAUUAUUACAUCUGAUAGCUAAAGGAGCAGUGUGAACCAAAGCUUAGUCUUAUGCAUUUUUAUAGAAUACUGUAGGUUGCUGCACAUAGUACAUGAAAGGGGAAAAAAAGAUGCAAUACCUGCUAGAACAAAAUAUAAAUUGCUGUGCAUUCAUUGUGUGAAGUAUUUUCGUUGGUGUGGCUUUUCCUGAAUGUCGACUGCACCUUAACACUUCAUCGUAUAUGGCACAGGUGUCAAACUCAUUCCACGGGGGGCCGAGUGUCUGCGGGUUUUCGCUCCUCCCUUAUACUUGAUUGAUGAAUUAACAUCACUAAUUAGUUAGGAACUCCCCACACCUGGUUGUCUAGGGCUUUAUUGAAAGGAAAAACCAAAAACCUGCAGACACUAGGCCCUCCGUGGAAUGAGUUUGACACCCCUGGUAUAUGGGAACAAGGCUGCUGUGUUAGAGUAGAUUGCUUUACCAAUGUGCUUCCCCCUGUGUGUUCUGUCUUACCAAGUGUGUGUGAAAAUGCUUUUUACACUUGAAGUUAUUUGCUAGAUAUUGCUGCCUAGAAAAUGAAGUAUGUAACUGCGACUUGGGAUAGCUGACUUUCAGUGAAAUUCAUUUAUGCAAAUAAAGUUGUCAUGGCUGGCUCCUGCUUUGAAAUGA